AUGGAUAGGGCUAAAGAAGCGAUUGCAAAAUCAUUUAAUGGAAAUGAAGAGAAGUACAAGGAGUUUUUUGAAAUAAUUGACAAUAGAUGGAAUGUUCAAUUGCAUAGGCCGUUGCAUGCAGCUGGGUAUUAUUUAAACCCAGAGUAUUUUUACGCAAAUCCGAAUAUUGAGAAAGAUAAGGAAGUCAUGUCAGGCCUAUAUAAAUGCAUACAAAGGUUGGUCCCAAGUAAUGAGACACAAGAUAAAGUUUGCGCAGAGUUGACUACCUAUAAGAAAUCUGAUGGUCUCUUUGGGAUGGCUUUGGCCAUUAGACAAAGAACUACAAGGGCACCAGCUGAUUGGUGGAGUGCAUAUGGAUCUGAAACGCCAAAUUUGCAAACAUUCGCCAUCAAAAUUCUUAGUCUAACUUGUAGCUCAUCUGGACGUGAGCCGAAUUGGAGUGUGUUUGAACAUAUUCACACCAAAAAGAGAAAUAGGUUUGCUCAAAAACGUCUGAAUGAUUUGGUAUUUGUUAAGUAUAAUAGAGCAUUGAGACGUCGAUACAAUUCCCGUGACACUAUUGAUCCCAUUGCCUUGACGGAUAUUGAUGAAAGUAAUGAGUGGUUGGUUGGAAGGAUGGAGAAGGAACUUGUCUUUGAGGAUGAUACUUUGACAUGGGAUGAUGUUGCUAGAGCUGCUGGAGUUGAGGAAAGUAGACCUAGAUUGCAACUUAUUGAUGAGGAAGAGUCAAUUUCAGAUGGGAGAGAGGAAGAAGAUGCAGAGGGAUAUGCUGAAACCAAUGAUAAUGAAGAAGAAGUUCAUUUGCUUGAUGUUGAAGAUGAUUUUUAG